AUGUCAUCCACUCCAUCAGACGAAAAGAAAUCUCUGUCCGCAGACGACGAGCCCAGCUCUGCACAAGGCCAGCCCCUGUCCGAGACGGAGCUGGAGCCGGCACCCGACGGUGGCCUCAGGGCAUGGCUCGUCGCCUUCGGAGCCGCCUCCAUCUUCUUCUGCUGCCUGGGCUUCUCCAACUCCUUUGGUACCUUUACCGAGUACUAUCUGAGCCACCAGCUUCGAGACCACUCUCCGGACGAUGUCGCCUGGAUCGGCUCCCUGUCUGCGUUUCUGCAGUUCUUCAUAGGCAUGGUCGGAGGUCCUCUGUUUGAUCGUUAUGGCUCUCUUCAGGUCAUCUACCCAUCCGCCAUCCUCUACGUCGUCGCCGUCAUGAUCCUCAGCCUCUGCAAAACAUACUGGCAAAUCAUGCUCGUCCAAGGCGUCCUCAUGGGCUUCGCCAUGGCCUUUCUCCAGUUCCCCGCCAUGGCCAGCGUCUCCCAGUACUUUGACAAGAAGCGCGCCGCCGCCCUCGGGGUCGCCAUCUCGGGCUCCUCCAUCGGCGGCAUCGUCAUGCCCAUUGCCGUGUCCAAGAUGCUCAACAGCACGUCUCUCGGCUUCGGCUGGACGGUGCGCAUCAUUGGCUUCCUCAUGCUGCCCUUUAUGGCUUUCUCUCUCGUCGUCGUCCGGCCGCGUCUGCCGCCGAGGACGACAAACUUCUGGAUCGCUUCGGCCUUUCGGGACGUGAGAUAUGACUUUCUCAUUCUUUCGACCUUCUUCGUCUUCAUCGGCAUGUUCAUGCCCGUCAUCUUCCUCCCGACGUAUGCCGUGGGGAGAGGCAUGGACGCAACCCUUGCCGGAUACUUGCCCGCCAUUCUCAACGCCGCGUCGACAUUUGGUCGCAUCAUCCCGGGCGUGCUGGCGGACAAAUACGGCAGACUCAACAUUUACGCCGCCGGAUCCGUCGUCACCAGCGUCGUCAUCUUCUGCAUGGACUCGACCACGUCCAACGCGGCCAUCAUUGUCUAUUCUGCCGUGUUUGGCUUCGCCUCUGGCACCAUCGUGUCCGGGGCGGCGGUGUCCAUUACGGGUUGUGCCCCUGACCCGCGCGAUAUCGGUACUUACACUGGCAUGGGGUUGGGCUUUGGAGCUGUUGGAGCUCUGAUCGGGCCUCCUAUCGACGGUGCGUUUGUGGCCCAUUAUGCGGGAUUCUUUGAGGCUACUGUGUUCAGCGGCGCCAUGUGCCUGUUUGGUGGCUUCAUCAUUCUCGUGGCCAAGUUUGCAAGCCCUCAGGGUGUGUUUAGCAAAUCGUGA